GGCGGGAAGGUCCGAAGGCGGCGGCCUGGGGCUGCAUGGGACGUGGGUCGGCCGCAAUCCAGCCCGGGCGGAGCCGGAGCUGCGAGCCACAGCCUAGAGGCCGAGGAGCUCACAGCUAUGGGCUGGAGACCCGGGAGAGCUCAGGGGUCCCCAUUCCUGCUGCCGCUACUGCUCCUGCUGCUCUGGCCAGUGCCUGGCGCCGGGGUGCUUCAAGGACAUAUCCCUGGGCAGCCAGUCACCCCCUACUGGGUCCUGGAUGGACGACCCUGGCGCGCCGUCAGCCUGGAGGAGCCGGUCUUGAAGCCAGACAUGGGGCUGGUGGCCCUGGAGGCUGAAGGCCAGGAGCUCCUGCUUGAGCUGGAGAAGAACCACAGGCUGCUGGCCCCAGGAUACAUAGAAACCCACUACGGCCCAGAUGGGCGGCCAGUGGUACUGGCCCCCAACCACAAGGAUCAUUGCCACUACCAAGGGCGAGUAAGGGGCUUCCCCAACUCCUGGGUAGUCCUCUGCACCUGCUCUGGGAUGAGUGGCCUGAUCACCCUCAGCAGCAAUGCCAGCUAUUAUCUGCGUCCCUGGCCGCCCCGGGGCUCCAAGGACUUCUCAACCCACAAGAUCUUCCGGAUGGAGCAGCUGUUCACCUGGAAAGGAGCCUGUGGCCACAGAGAUCCUGGGGACAAAGCGGGCAUGGCCAGCCUUCCUGGGGCUCCCCAGAGCAGGGACAGGCGAGAAGCGCGCAGGACCCAGAGGUACCUGGAACUGUACAUUGUGGCAGACCACACCCUGUUCUUGACCCAGCAGCGAAACUUGAACCACACCAAACAGCGUCUCCUGGAAGUCGCCAACUACGUGGACCAGCUUCUCAGGACUCUGGACAUUCAGGUGGUGCUGACCGGUCUGGAAGUGUGGACCGAGCGGGACCGCAGCCGCGUCACGCAGGACGCCAACGCCACGCUCUGGGCCUUUCUGCAGUGGCGCCGGAGGCUGUGGGCGCAGCGGCCCCACGACUCCGCGCAGCUGCUCACGGGCCGCGCCUUCCAGGGCGCCACAGUGGGCCUGGCGCCCGUCGAGGGCAUGUGCCGCGCCGAGAGCUCGGGAGGCGUGAGCACGGACCAUUCGGAGCUCCCCAUUGGCGCCGCAGCCACCAUGGCCCAUGAGAUUGGCCACAGCCUCGGCCUCAGCCACGACCCCGACGGCUGCUGCGUGGAGGCUGCGGCCGAGUCCGGAGGGUGCGUCAUGGCUGCGGCCACCGGGCACCCGUUCCCGCGCGUGUUCAGCGCCUGCAGCCGCCGCCAGCUGCGUGCCUUCUUCCGCAAGGGGGGCGGCGCGUGCCUCUCCAAUGCCCCGGCCUCCGGACUCCCCGUGCUGCCGGCGCGCUGCGGGAACGGCUUUGUGGAGGCGGGCGAGGAGUGUGACUGCGGCUCUGGCCAGGAGUGCCGCGACCUCUGCUGCUUUGCUCACAACUGCUCGCUGCGCCCGGGGGCCCAGUGCGCCCACGGGGACUGCUGCGCGCACUGCCUGCUGAAGCCGGCUGGAGCGCUGUGCCGCCAGGCCAUGGGCGACUGUGACCUCCCUGAGUUCUGCACGGGCAUCUCCUCCCACUGUCCCCCAGACGUUUAUCUACUGGACGGCUCACCCUGUGCCAGGGGCAGUGGCUACUGCUGGAAUGGCGCAUGUCCCACGCUGGAGCAGCAGUGCCAGCAGCUCUGGGGGCCUGGCUCCCAUCCAGCCCCCGAGGCCUGUUUCCAGGUGGUGAACUCUGCGGGAGAUGCCCACGGGAACUGCGGCCAGGACAGCAAGGGCCACUUCCUGCCCUGUGCAGGGAGGGAUGUCCUGUGUGGGAAGCUACAGUGCCAGGGCGGAAAGCCCAGCCUGCUCACACCGCACAUGGUGCCAGUGGACUCCACUGUUCACCUAGAUGGCCAUGAAGUGACCUGUCGGGGAGUGUUGGCACUCCCUGGUGCCCAGCUGGACCUGCUUGGCCUGGGCAUGGUAGAACCAGGCACCCAGUGUGGGCCUAGAAUGGUGUGCCAGAGUAGGCGCUGCGAGAACACCGCCUUCCAGGAGCUGCAUCGCUGCCUGACUGCCUGCCACAGCCAUGGGGUUUGCAAUAGCAACCAUAACUGCCACUGUGCUCCAGGCUGGGCUCCACCCUUCUGUGACAACCCAGGCUUUGGUGGCAGCACGGACAGUGGCCCUGUGCAGCCUGAAAACCGUGACACCUUCUUGCUGGCCAUGCUCCUCAGCGUCCUGCUGCCUCUGCUCCCAGGGGCUGGCCUGGCCUGGUGUUGCUACCGACUCCCAGGAGCCCAUUGGCAGCGAUGCAGCUGGGGCUGCAGGAGGGACCCUGCGUGCAGUGGGCCCAAAGAUGGCCCACACAGGGACCACCCCCUGGGCGGCGUUCACCCCAUGGAGUUGGGCCCCACAGCCACUGGACAGCCCUGGGCCCUGGGCCCCGAGAACUCUCAUGAGCCCAGCAGCCACCCUGAGAAGCCUGUGCCCGCAGUCCCGCCUGACCCCCAAGAUCAAGUCCAGAUGCCAAGAUCCUGCCUCUGGUGAGAGGUAGCUCCUGAAAUGAACAGAUUUAAAGACAGGUGGCCACUGACAGCCACUCCAGGAACUUGAACUCCAGGGGCAGAGCUAGUGAAUCACUGGACCUCCAGCACCUUCAGGCAGCUUGGAAGUUUCUUCCCCGAGUGGAGCUUCAACCCACCCACUCCAGGAACCCAGAGCCACAUUAGAAGCUCCUGAGGGCAAGGGGACACUGCUGGGCACACUCUCCAGCUCAAUAAUCCAUCAGUCCCAGAAGCAAAGGUCACACAGCCCCUGACCUCCCUCACCGGUGGAGGCUGGGUAGUGCUGGCCACCUGAAAAGGGCUCUGUCCUGGGAGCCUGGUGCGUCUCCUACAUGCAAUUUCCACAGACCCAGCUCUGUGGAGGGCAUGACUGCUGGCCAGAAGCUAGAGGUCCUGGGGCCCUAUCGUUUGACUGAGUUCCCACUGCCCUGGAGCCUGGCCCCUGCAAACAAGCAUAAUUUUGGAGAACCUUCCUUCCUGUUUCUUCCCACCUUGUCUUGUCCCCUAGGUGGUUCCUCAGCCUCCACCCACAAUCCCAGUGCUGCACCUGAAGUUCUGGAGCUCAGAGUCUGACAGCCUCUUCCCCAUUCUGUGUAUGGGAGAGGACAGAGGGAACCAUUUAAGAAAAGAUACCAAAGUAGAAGUCAGAAGAAAGACACGUUGGCUAAGCGUGGUGGCUCAUGCCUAUAAUCCCAGAACUUUGGGAGGCCGGGGUAGGAGGAUCACUAGAGACCAGGAGGUCCACACCAGCUGAGACAACAUAGCAAGACUCUGUAUCUACAAAAAAAAUUUAACAUUAACUGGGCAUGGUGGUGUGUACCUGUAGGCCUCGCUGCUCAGGAGGCUGAAGCAGGAGGAUCACUUGAGCCUGAGUUCAACACUGCAGUGAGCUAUGAUGACACCACUGCACUCCAGCCUGGGUGACAGAGCAAGACCCUGUCUCUAAAAUAAAUUUUAAAAAGAUAUA